UUAUGGGCGGAGCCAUGAGCGCUGUGGAGCAGCCACGAGCACCGUAAACAUGGCAAUCCAAGAGCAAAACGAUUAUAAAACUCGCUCGGACUUUAACAUUGCACACAGUUAUACUGUAGUCAGUCAUAAAGUUAAGAGAGCAUUAAUAACGCGAUGACCAGAGUUUUAUGGCUUCAUUUAUUAAGCUGAAAGUUUGUUCUCCUGUUGUGGAGUCUGUAGCGCUUUGACUUCAGUGGAUUAUAGAAAGAUAUUUAUUGUGUAAAAUAUUUGCAUUUAUUUGUAAAAGCGAUUAGUUUGAACUGAAGUAAAGAUGUGUCUAUCUAAAUCUACUACAGCGAUUGUGCUUUUAGUCCUGGGAGGUUCGGCUGUGUUGUUCGGGACUGUCCUCGUGUUUGUCGGACCUAUUAUCAUAGAUGACCAAAUAGUAAAGAAUGUACAGAUUAAUCCAAAGAAUGAUCUCUCCUACACUAUGUGGAAAGACAUCCCAGUUCCCUUCUUUAUGUCGGUGUAUUUCUUCAAUGUUCUCAAUCCUGAUGAGAUCCUGAAGGGAGAGAAGCCUAUGCUGCAACAGAGGGGUCCGUACGUCUACCGUGAGCAACGCUGGAAAGACAACAUCACAUUUCACGAUAACAACACUGUGACUUAUCUUGAAUAUCGUCGGUAUUUCUUUGAGGAAAGCAUGUCUGUGGGGAAUGAGUCCGAUGUGGUCACCAUCCCCAACAUGCUUGUGCUGGGUGCGGCGGUAAUGAUGGAGAAUACGCCGUAUCCUUUUCGGGUGUUGCUCAGCACCACAUUUAAAACCUUUAAAGAGGGACCUUUCCUGACUAAACCGGUGGGAGAACUCAUGUGGGGCUACGACAGCAAGUUGGUGGAUUUCUUGAACACAAUUCUUCCCGGCAUGCUGCCGACCGGCGGGAAGUUCGGCUUGUUUGCUGAGUUUAACAACUCCAACACUGGGCAGUUCACCGUCUUCACGGGCCGUGGUGACAUCAGGAAUGUUCAUAAAGUCGAUUCUUGGAACGGUCUGAAAAUGGUAAAUUACUGGAAUACUGAAGAGUGUAAUAUGAUCAAUGGCACAGCAGGACAGAUGUGGCCUCCAUUCAUGACCACAGAGACAACACUUCCUUUCUACAGCCCUGAUGCAUGCAGGUCCAUGGAGUUGGUCUACCAAAGACCAGGUGUGUCUCAAGGCAUCCCUGUUUACCGUUAUGUGGCCCCAAAGACUCUGUUCGCCAACGGUUCAGAUUAUCCACCCAAUGAGGGCUUCUGUCCGUGCAGACAGUCGGGUCUUCUCAGCGUCAGUACCUGCAGACACAAUUCUCCCGUGUUUAUGUCUCAUCCACACUUUUUUAAUGCCGAUCCUGCACUGUUGAGCACUGUCUAUGGACUCAGUCCAAAUGAAGACGAUCACGGGCUUUUUAUUGAUAUUCACCCGGAGACUGGAGUGCCCAUGAACGUGUCCAUCCGGUUACAGCUGAAUCUGUUGAUAAAGAGCGUGCCGGGCAUCUCAGAAACGGGGGAUAUAGAGGAGGUGGUGAUGCCCAUGAUUUGGUUUGGAGAGAGCGGGUACAUUGAUGGUCCCGUCCUCAACACGUUUCGUACCAAUCUAGUUGUGCUGCCCAUGGUAAUGGAGUACAUGCAGUAUAUCUUCAUUGCUCUCGGACUCGCUCUUAUUCUGGCAGCCGCAGUGUUAUUCUUCAUAGAUAAGGUGUAUGGAGUGCACAAACAAACACUCUUGACUUCAUCAUCACAUCUUCUGCACUGAUCUGUCCUUCAUAAUGCAUCAGAACGUGUACAAUAAAAAGUAAGAAGAUGUGCGUCCAGUCCUGCACAGAUGUGGAUUCAGACAGCGAGAAGUCUCCUUUAUUACAGAACGCAGAAACAUAAGGCAGCCGUCUACAUUUAUAAUAAACCCACUGCCUUCCAAUCCCCUGGGCAAUUCAUGUUUAUUUUAUUAAGUGUCAGGGUUGAUGGGAAAUGGACACAAACCUGUAAAGACUUCUGUAGCUGCCACAAUAAAUGGGGAUUUGAACUCUUAUACGGGAUGUUUGUACUGUGGUAUGGUGCUUGAUGUCAGAUUAUUGUUUUUAUGUGUUUUUAUUUUAUCUACUUGAAAUGAAAUACUUUAUACUCAUACCAGACAUGGUUUGAAAUGGUGCGUUUAUAGAAAACAUUUAUAAAGAAAAGCACUCCAGUGAAACGAGUCAAAAACCAGGACAUUAGAGACAAAUUUAACCUUGAUCCUGAAAAUAAGGAAGUGAAAAUAACGUGUCAUAAAAUCCUUAGAAUGCAGAAAAAAUGCUGACUUGAUGGACAUUUCUCAAUGUGUGAUAACAUCCGCCAUAUCUCUGUCCAAUGUGUUAAAAUUCUGUUUGUGAAGACAAUCGGGUGUAAUGCGUGUGUGCAGUAUACUUGAAUAUUUGUGCCACGUUAAUGUUUAAGAAAUGACAUAUUUAAGUGUUAAAGUGUAUUCAUAUGAGCUUCACUGUUAAAGGGAUAGUUCACCCAAAAAUGAAAAUUAUGUCAUUUUCUUAUUCUCAUUAAGAAUAAGAAUUUCUCGUUUUCUGAUAAUCACAAAAGAUGAUAUUUUGAUACAUAUAAAUGAUAGCAAGCACACAUUUUUUUAUAUCACAAUAAUUCCAUAAUAUUUGUUUUCUUACUUUGGAAGUCAAUGGUUACAAUCAGCUUUGUGCUUUUUUGUGUUUAUCAAAACAGAAGUAAAUGAUAAAAUAAUUUUACAGUUUUUGGGUGAACUAUACCUUUAAGCCAAUCAAAGCCAAAUUUAAUUUAAGCAACCUUGGUUCUCAUGUAAGUUUAUGAACUAAUAUAAAACAUAAGUUCAUUGCUGAAUAUUUUGGGUGUAUAUAUAAAACGAGUUCUCUAUUGUCAUUCUCUAUAACUUUCUGUUCAACUGCAGAUACAAUAAACUCCACGUUUUUGUUCAUAA